UUUUGUCUGGUUUGGAAAUCUCUGAAUUGGAAACAAAUGAUUUCAUAGAGCUACCAGAUGUUUUGACUCAAAGUACCAUGCCAGUUUCUACAUUGAAUAUUCCCCAGCAAAAGGACAUUGAUCAGUGGCCUCAUCUUAAACCUGUUAAGCUUCAUAGCAUCAAUGCAGAUGUGGAACUACUGAUAGGAACUGAUGCUUCAAAUGUUUUAGAGCCCUGGGAGGUGAUCAACAGUGUAGAUGGUGGGCCUUAUGCUGUAAAAACUAAAGUUGGCUGGGUCAUAAAUGGUCCCCUGCACACUAGAAGCCACAGCAAAAAUAGAAAUGUUUGCACUGCUGUGACAGCCAACAGGAUCUCUGUUGAGCAUCUUGAAGAAAUGCUGAUCAAACAGUACAAUCAUGAUUUUAACGAAAGAUCAUCAGAGGAGAAAACUGAAAUGUCUAGAGAGGAUUUGCAUUUCAUGAACAUUGUCAAUAACUCUACAAAACUUAUUAAAGGUCAUUAUAAUAUUGACUUACCUUUCAGGAGUGAAAGCCCCUGCUUUCCAAAUAACAUCUGUGUUGCAGAGCAGCGCCUCCAGAGCCUCAGAAGGAGAUUUGAAAAGGAUGCUGAGUACAAGGAGGAAUACACUGCAUGUGUAAACAACAUGCUGCAGCAAGGACAUGCUGAGGCUGUACCAGCAGAGGACCUACAGAAAGGUGUAACAGAGGAAAGUUUAUUGAACAAAAGAUGGCAGAUCUGCCAGAAGAAAGAGUCCUGCCAGCCACCGCUCCUUUUACAAAUGUUGGAGUGGAUUACUUUGGUCCUGUAAGUGUUAAAAGAGGACGAAGCCUCCUGAAAAGGUAUGGAGUUCUGUUCACUUGUUUCACCAGCCGUGCAGUGCAUCUGGAAAUGGCCUACACCCUCGAUACAGAUUCCUGUAUAAAUGCAGUCCGCAGGUUCAUCUG